AGGUGGGGGGGGACUGUAGUAAUUUGUCUCACUUGAAAUUUGAUUCAGAAGUUUGCAGUUACUUAAGAAGUUGGAGCUGAGGAGAGAGUGCGGACGAAAUGGUGUCUGAGGAGCCGCUGCUACGCAGGAAAUCCGAGGAAACCGUCUGAAACGUUCGCCAGGCGCAGCGCACACACACUUUUACACUUCGGACUUCCCGGCAGUUCACAGUUGUCUGGCCAUGACAUCAACAGGACACUUUGCCUCCAAGCGUGGGACUAAGGAGUUUGACAGUGUGAAGGAGUCUAUCAGUGACAUCAUCAACCAGUUACAGGACAUUGACCCAGCACGUUUAUCCUUCUCCCCCUUCCUGGAUCUGGACACCCAGAUUUCCUUGGCACCAGUGUCUGAUAGUCCAGAGUCCUCUGUAGAAGAGCUGCACUCUCCUUCUCACUCUGUGCCUGGUUCCCAGCACUCCUUGGAACCCCUGUCUGCAGGAGAACACCUUGAUCGAGGCAAUUCAUGCUGCAAGGAGACUUGCGAUACCUUCUCGGAACAACCAAGGCGUAUUUCCAGGAAGAAGGGUGCAGUGGUGGGGACUAUGGUCAAUGACCUCCAUAUGGUGACGAAUUUAGAAGAUUACUGUGACAAUCAUAACAUUAUUCCUGUACAAGCUCUUGAGGGUGGCAUCCUCACGGGUAGGGAUACAGAGGGGAGUCCCUUGGAGGCCACCAAUCUAGAUUCAACUGUCGAUGAAGGCAUCCCACUGAUAAGGGCCCCGCCAGACUGCAUUGAGCUGGCUGUGUGGGAUUCACAAGAGCAGCAGGAGAGUGGAGCCACACUAGAGGCUGCAGACAAGGGGUGCUGCUCCUGCUCUCAAUGUUGCCUGAGUGGCCGUGUUCCAGCAGCUUGCUCAGCAUUUGCUGCCCUUCUGAUUCUUCCUGGAAUUUUGUAUGCACUCUACUUCUACCUACCCCUGGAUGCCCCCCACUGUCCUGAUCUGGUCAGCCGACUGAUCUUCACACUGCAUUGCUGUAUAGUGUCGGCUCUGCCUGUCUUGCUAGGUAUGUUGUCCAGUGCUGUAUGCCGGUUCUGUUCCGCAUCCAUGGAUCCAGUGGGAGAGUGCCCUAGAAGAUCCUUAUUUCUGCAGUUAUUUGUCACCUCAUCCACUGAGCAGCUGUUCCUCUACACCCUUAAUCUUGCUGUCAUGGCAACAUUCCUGCAUCAAGAUCAGCUAAAGGCUGUGCCUAUUCUGUCUGGAAUCUUUGUUGCAGGGAGAUUGGUCUACUGGCUCUCCCUUCAUGUUUGCAGUGCCUGGAGAGGUUUUGGUUCAGGGCUCACUGUUUUUCCUCUUCUAGCUAUGGUAGUCUUCAACUUGUACCAUUUAUUUGACCUAGCUAUCAGGCAGUUUCUCCCUGAGUUGGAACACACAAACUCUCUCUUCCCCACUCCCUCUGCCUGGCCAAUACACAUACCAGGACAGAUGGAUUUCUUGCCUACAGGCUGUUCGGACACACAAAGCGGCAGAGGAUACUGUUGAGCUUUGUCCUUUGGAAACUCAACGUGUUCCAGAAAUCUUUCAUUCCUGUGGUAUAUUGGUCUACAGCUUCGCACAGCUGCAUGAAAUACAAAUAGAGCUAAGCUCCAAGCCAGUAAAACCUUAACUUAAGUGGCAUUUUGCAUACAAAGACUUUUUUUAGAAUAUUCUAGAUCCCAGCUUCAGAAAAUUUACUUUUUAAUUUGAAGAAAACUGCAGCUAAACAUAUAAUACUGUUGAUUUACAUUCCUGGUAAAGAACAAACUUAGUUUAUAAUCUGAACAUUAUUUGUUAUGUUCAGAUACACGCUUUAAAAUAAACUAAAGUAACAUUGUGUAUAUAGAAGGACAGAGAGAAGGACAGUUUAAGUUUUAGGAUUUUUUAGGACCACUUACUGCACACUAAAUUAACAAAACAAAAAAUGUUUUUAUUUACUUGUGACCAAUUUUGUUCCUCAGUAUGACACCAAUGUACAAAAGUAAAGCUAUAUUAAAACAAAUAAAACUAUAUGAAUGACAUACAGAAAAUUGCUUAGACCUGUCAACAGAACCAUGGUGACUUCAGAUGUGCCAGUC